UAUUUUUCUGCACCUGGAACUGACUGCACUGGUGUGAAUCAAGGGCGGACUGACCCUUUGGAAACUCGGGCACUGUCCGAGGACCCGGGGUCAGUAGGGGGCCCCAUGAGAUGCUCUGGUACAUUUUUCAUAGGAUUUUUUGAGUUUGGGCAAGGACACAGGGGCCCCAUGAUCCCCUAUUGAGGGCCCGGGGUCAGUAGGGGGCCCCAUGAGAUGCUCCUGUUUUGGCAAGGACACAGAGGCCCCAUGAUCCCCUAUUGAGGGCCCGGGGUCAGUAGGGGGCCCCAUGAGAUGCUCCUGGUACCUUUUUCAUAGGCUUUUUUGAGUUUGGGCAAGGACGCAGGGGCCCUAUGAUCCCCUAUUGCCCGGGGGCCCCAU